AUGUUUCAAUUCACUUUUCAGGAGGUGAUAUAUUCAAGAUUCAUAUGGAUACUAAAAGUCAUGUGUGAUGAUAGUUAUGAUCCGGUAGAAGAAUACUAUUUCAAACAAAAUGGCGCAAACCCUGGGGGGCAGGAAAACUGGAAUAAGCAACAAGCAAGCCAGAUGUAUGCAAGAAGUUUACAACCCGAGAGUUUACCAGCUUUGAACCCACUUUCUUACAACAAAGAAUGGGUCAAUUUAGGAAAAAGAAAUUUGGACGAAGAACAGCCAAGUGGAAAACGCAAGAGAAGAGAGUAG